AUGCCUGUGAUUAGGCGUGCUGCAGAUGCUCUAUCAGCAGGAGGUGGCCAGGUGGCGGUGCUGCGUGGUGGCAAUCUGCCGCAUGUUGCAUUCAACAACACCAGUAGCAGCAGCAGCAACAACAACAACAACUUGCGCAGCAGCAACAACAAUAAUGCUGGCAUCGGCAGCAGCACCAACAGCGACGGCAGCAGCAGCAACAACGACAAUACUUUGGGUUUUGGCUGCGAUUCCGGUUUUCAAAGCGGAAAUAACAAUGAACAAGAACAAUUUAUGAAUGAUAAUCAUCAUCAUCACCAUCAUCAUUACCAUCAUCAUUAUCAUCAUCAUGACGGCGAUGGCAAAGGCGAUAACGAUAAUGAUAACAUUACCGAUGUUGCUACUGCUAUUGCUGCUGCUGGCGCCAGUGGCGAC